AUGCUAAACCUUGUUCGAAAGAACCGCGGAGGUCGUAUGAUGCAAUUUGUACCAGAACCUCUAAAUCGUGAUUGCGAACUGAUAAUGGAAGCUUUACAAAAUGGGAUGAAGCUGCGCUCUUGUCCGAUGGACUUCCAAAGUGACAAAGCUUUCUUGCUGAAAGCGUUCACCAAGAAUUCCUUGCUGUAUUUGGAGCUGAAUUCUAAGCUUUGGACCGACCUCGACUUGGCCUUUGCAGCCGUCGUAUCACUCAAUUCUAGACCACUGGUCCUUGCUAAAGCUUUGGAGCGCGUACCUUCUCUGCUCUUGGAGCGGGAUAUCGUCGUCACUUUGGUGGACAGAGGUGAUGAGGAGUUAUUAAGGAAUUAUUUUUCAAAACCAGAUUUUGCCGCAUGGCUAAAUGAUAAGGACCUCAUGCUCCGAGCAGUCAAGCAGCAUCCAAUGCUCUACGACGUCGUCACUGAGCCCCUGCAGUACGAUGAAGAUAUUAUAGUUGCGGCGAUCACUCCAGGAACAGCAUUGACUCUAAUCGAAAAAAUGAGUGCGGAGUUUCUUAAACAGCAUGUCUCGAUACCCGUGAAGGCAUUGGAAGUUUCUCGCCCAGCAGCGCUACGAUUCUUGCGACGUUGCAUACCGGAAGAAGUGUGGCGACAUCGAGAUAUGGCGAUUGCCUGGAUUAGGCGUGGAUUUCCGCUGCUGGAUCACUUCGAAUAUUUACUGAAAGACGAAAAUGUUUCAUUGGAAAUUGCGGAACACAAUUGGCCCGAGUUCUUUCGGGUUGGGGUAAGCUUUCGCAGCAAUCGAGAAUUCAUGCGAAGGGCGCUUGAUUUGGACGGACGGGUCCUGCAAUGGGCUGCGCCAGCGAUACAGAAUGAUUUGGAGUUCCAUACUAGAGCAUUGGCUUCGCAUCCGGGGGCGCUAGAGCCGUCUAAUCUUUGUGACAGAAAGCUAGAACUCAACUUGUAUGUGAAGAAAAAGCUUGAUCUGCACCACGUAUUUCUCCACGAUUUUUUGCGAGGUAUUGCCAUUGCGACUCCACAUGUGGCACCCUUGCGACGAUCGCACCUGUCUAUGCUAAAUAUAGGAGUCGAAACAUCCGAAGCCUUUAAGUGGCUUAUUGCCAAGUAUUUGGGUGUCCCAAUAGGAGAGGAGUUGAGUCUAUUGCGUAAAGCUUUGCGGCACAUGGAGGUAGCAGGGAAGACAAGUCCUGGAAGAGGUCUCCACGGAAGAAUGAGUUAUAGGAGGCAAAUGCUUUGGCGACAAGUCCUUGGACCUGACGAAUUCCGGCAGCACAUCCAGCUUGCGGCCAGGAAUAAUCGAAAUAUUGAUUUUGAGGAGGAUAUUGGCAUUGCCCUAUAA